AAUUAAAGAAAUACUUGAAACUAAUAAUGAAUUUGAAAUAUUAUCAUCUGAUAUUGAAUCAAAUUCAGAAUUAGAAGAAAUACUUGAAACUAAUAAUAAACCUGAAUUAUCAUCUGAUGUCGAAUUAAAUUCAGAAUUAGAAGAAAUACUUGAAAAUGAUAAUAAUUUUAUAGAAUAUUUUUUAGACGAUUCUGAAGCAGAAGCAGAAAUAGAAGAAUAA